CGGGGGGGUAUGGGCAUUGUCAAUUUGGUUGUGCUGAACUCUCAAUUCUAUCCUAGAACAAUCCUCCUCCUAACCUUAUCAGUGAAUCUACCUCUCUCUCUCUUUUGUGUUUCUGUUCUGCGUCGCAUCCGACUGCAACACCAAAUCUCUGAUUAUUAGCAUUAUUGCUCUGCUCUCAACUAACUAUUUAACCUCCAUGCUGAUUUUUUAGUGAUGCAGAGAUCAAAUUGCUCCAACGGCUCUCCCCAGAUCAAACCACCCUUCUCACAACAAUCCCUACACAGAUAGCGGGUUGCUUUCGUAUACUUCAACUGACCACCACCUGAUGGUUAAGGCCUCGCAAAUCCUUUGGCUCGCCUACGAUGAGUCUUGACGGUAAAGAGGGCUCCCCGCCCGACCGUUCUACAAAGCAAUCAAGUGGUACCUUGUCCAGUCUACCACCACAGGUAGCGGUCCAGACCAACCCUACUUCGUGGUAUGCGGAUACAAGGAAUCUCCUCUCGGACCCCGUGGUUGCAGCGUUCAUUGCUGGUGGAGUGGCUGGCGCAGUGUCCCGAACAAUUGUUUCACCCCUCGAACGGUUAAAAAUUCUCCUCCAAGUUCAGAAUGCCGGUAGAAACGACUAUAAAUUGUCCAUAUCAAAAGCUCUAAUCAAGAUGUGGAAGGAAGAAGGAUGGAGAGGGUUUAUGCGGGGGAAUGGGACAAACUGUAUUCGAAUCGUACCUUACUCGGCGGUACAGUUUGGAAGCUAUAGCAUCUACAAAAAGUUUGCGGAACCAUAUCCUGGAGGUGAAAUGACCCCUUUGAGUCGACUGGUAUGCGGGGGUCUCGCUGGAAUUACUUCCGUCAGUGUCACUUAUCCUUUGGACAUUGUUCGAACCCGGCUAUCCAUUCAAUCUGCGUCAUUUUCCGAACUUAAACAUGAUCCGGGUCGAAAACUUCCUGGCAUGUUCCAAACCAUGCGCGUCAUGUACCGGACGGAAGGAGGUAUAAUUGCGCUUUAUCGAGGGAUAGUUCCAACUGUUGCUGGAGUAGCACCCUAUGUCGGUUUGAACUUUAUGACUUACGAGUCAGUCCGGAAGUACUUGACGCCUGAAGGGGAUGCCAAUCCAAGUCCGUACCGGAAGUUGUUGGCGGGUGCUAUCUCCGGUGCAGUGGCACAGACGUGUACAUAUCCGUUGUAAGUUGGGUAUGCUCCGCAUUUAUGUAGAGAACCUCAUUGUUAAUGCGACUUGAAAACAGUGACGUUCUUCGGCGACGCUUCCAAAUCAAUACCAUGUCGGGCCUGGGCUACAGAUACACGUCGAUUUGGGACGCUAUCAGGGUUAUUGUAACCCAGGAAGGUAUUAGAGGACUGUAUAAGGGAAUCGUUCCAAAUUUAUUGAAAGUGGCUCCAAGCAUGGCCAGUAGCUGGCUCAGCUUUGAAUUGACUCGCGACCUUUUCAUCAGCCUUGGCGAUAAAGGUGCUUGAUUUGCUUAAUUUUCAUGAAAGUGCUGCUUCGGGUUCAAGGCCGCCACGAUACAACACAUAUUCAUGGACUAUACCCGGCCAUUUGGUUUCGAGAAAAAAGAUUCAGACAUAGAAUUUAGAUGUACUAUGCACAAAGGAGUUUUGCUGCGGCGGAUUUGGAAGCUCUUUUAGAUGGGGAUCAGGCCCCCUCUGAAGCCCACUGUACCAUUGGGGGUUAUAUUGUGUAUUCUAAGCAGUACAGUUAUUCACAAAAU